GCAGAGAAGCAAGCAGAGGAGAUCAUCGCCAAUGCCAAGAAGAACCGUCUGACGAAGCUGCGCCAGGCCAAGGACAAGGCCGAAGAGGAGCUCAAGGAUUUCCGCGAGAAGGAGGAAGCCAGAUUCCAAAAAGAGAUGGGCGCCAAGGCCGGUGCAAACCCCGCAGAGACUUUACAGGUCAGCACUCAGAGUGAGAUCGACAGUGUCCACAAGGACUACGCCAACAACAAGGCCAAAACGAUCGAAUACGUCGUGGGUCGAGUUUUGGAGGUUCCCGUGACCUUGUCUGACACACAGAAGCAGGCACUGAAGACGGGAGCUGCAUGA